AUGGCUCCUCGCGGCCGUGGGAAGUUCUCCAAACCGUCCAGAGGAGGCGGUAAACACUUCAGCCGUGACGUCCAGCCCGUCGACAAAGAUGGCAAUCCAGUUGGUUUAUGGCGCGACCCUGAGGAUGGAAUCCCAUCUUCAUCAGACGAAGACCAGAAUGAAUCCGGCUCGGAGGAAGAAUCAUCUGAGGAGGAACAGGCAGGCCCCAGCCAAGCCGCAGGAGAAGAAAUGACUCGGGAACAACGUCGCGCUGCCGCAAAAGCCAGAAAGCAAGCCGCUUUCGCAAAGAAGAACCAAACCGCUGCGCAGCCAGGAGACCUACCGCCAUCCGAAUCAGAAGAAUCCGAUCUAGACUUGCCCGCGAAUCCAAAUCACACAGCCGGCUCACGCGCACAACUUCAGAAGGGAUUGCUUGGUGAAGAAACCAGUGGAAGACCCAAGGAUGGUGAUACCUCACAGCUCUCACGAAGGGAGAGGGAGGCCAUCGAGGCGCAACAGGCCCGAGAACGUUACAUGAAACUCCACGCCGAAGGGAAGACGGAGGAGGCUCGUGCGGAUCUCGCGCGGUUAGCUCUUGUCCGUGAGCGACGAGAGGCCGAAAGAGCACGAAAAGAGGCUGAGAAGGAAGAGAAAGCUGAGCGCGAAAAAGCCCGCGCUGAAGCCCGGGAAAGGGAGAUGCAACAGCAUCUGGCUGCUAAGGGGAAGAAGGGCUCAUCUAAGAACAAGCACUGA